CCUCAGAUGUGCUUGUGCCAUUUGGGCUUAUCUUGCGUCACGCGCCCCCUCGCCCCCUCCCCCCUGAUGCGGCAUCAAUAUAGCCGGGAGGGGACGCCCAAGGACCCACAAACGCAUUGUCCAAAUGCGUCCGAUGGAAAGGCAGGGUCUGCGUACUCAUGUUCGUGUACGCUUUGAUGCUACCGCUAAGCGUGAGGAAGGGGAGAGGAUCUCAGGGCAGCGCGGUGUGUGCAAGCCGCUUGCUCCUCCAGCGCACCUCGCAGGCGAUGAAGACUGACGUUGGGGGCGUCGUACGGCCACGCGGGAGGUCCUCAUGCGUAUUCGCGUGCGUCACUUCAUCUUCCAGAUCGCAGCAUGCUUCUGCCCUUCGAGGACACGUUGUACGUCCGCCCGCCCGGCGCCGAUGCAUGCCUGCCGCCGGUACGCCCACAAACCGCAGGUUACAAAGAAGACAUGAUAUCACUGAACCCGGUACCAUCCAUGCUGAAGUGCUCUGUCCAGGGCAGGCUUCCGACGAAACGGGGGUACAUGCAGGACGAUAGCCGGACGGCUUCUUCGAUGUGGUGGCUCUGCUCCGGCGCGUUUGCGCCUGCUUGUGCUCUCGGCUAAGGCGCGUCUACUCUCGGCGUCGGGGCGUGGUGGCUUAGCCUAAGGAAGCUUGGCAAUACCUUCCUGCAGUCGAGUCAACUAAGACUCGCCCUGCACGUCCGCAGUACGGUGUGCCUUCUUCUAUCCCAUGCUUUCCCUCGUCAAUUGGUCUGCUUACUGCCCAAUAGCGUCUAUCCUUCCCUCCGCAGUCCCAUCGCUUCCCUCUUCUUGCUCGCCUGUUCUUCCCCUCUGUCUUCCUGUCCUUCUCGACGCCAUUUUGCCAUCUUCUCACAUCCCUUGGCCCUCUUUCCCACUGUCUCUCGCCCCGGAUCUCACGCCCGUGCCUCGAGG